AACUCCGUGUUGAGACUCGUGUUGCACAGUCAGCAUAUCAGAAAAUAUGAAAAAAAUGGCUGCGGUUUUCGUGACGUCAGUAUACUGCAUGUGAUACGUAGAGUUUUCUAGUGAAACGUCACUAUCAUUGAUCUUGCGGUAACCGCAUGCGGUUAGUUGCCACAAAUAUCGUGGCAAACGUUACACGAGUCUCUACACGGAGUUUGACCAGUCCCUUUCUCAAGGGCUGGCUGGCGAGUCUAUAUAUUAUUGGCUACUCAUUCAUUUGUGAUACCCCAAGUCAGGAUGGAUCUCAUCUCUUUAUUGAGAAGAACCUCAAGAUCUGUAUUGUUGCUGCAAUGCCACAUUGUGCAAUCAAGAAAGAAGAUCUCGAAUUAUUUUCCCCAUCCCUAAUGAGCAUGCUCAUUUAUAUUAUAAAAUGGGCAUGCCCCAACCACCAGCUCUACUGGAGUAAGAAGUGGGGAACAAGGUUGCCUCCAUUACACAGAGCUUGUUGUGACGGCCACCUUGAGAUUGUAAAGAUGCUUGUUACCCAUUUAUCCGGCCAUGGAGCUUGUAGAUCUACCUGUUUCACUGAUGACGGUGGUGGGGAGGCUAACAGAGCUCCACUUCACUGGGCAUGCUCGGGAGGUCAUAUCGAGGUGGUGCAGUACUUGAUCAAGGAGGUCAACAGCAGCACUGUCAACUGCAGCACUGAUGUGAGGGAUGAUGAGAGACAGUCCCCACUAGAUAUAGCUAUGGAUCCUGACACUCUGCGAGAGAGGGAAGGCUGUUUGGAUGUUGCCCUCUACCUGAUAUGCCGUGGCUGUGGUAGUGAUAAGGACAAAGACAACUUACUGCAUGCAGCAUGUUGGUGGGGCAAGCUGGAUAUAGUGAAAGAACUGGUUGAGCAACACAAAGUUGACCCCGAAAAACUGCCUGUCAAUGAAUGGAAAGUGGACAAACGGGAGUAUAUGUGGAGCGAUGAGGAGGGUUUUGAUGAAGAAGAUGAGGAUGAGGAUGAGUUACAGUUACCACUGGACAAAGCUCUAGGCCCUGAUUAUCAUGAGUGCGAUAAUGAAGAAGGCCGUGUGGAUGUUGCCCUCUACCUGAUCAACCGUGGCUGUGGAUGGAGUAUGCACAAGGAAAAGUUACUGUGUGCAGCAAGUCGAUGUGGCAAGCUGGGUGUGGUGAAGGAACUGAUAGAGCAACACAAAGUUGACCCCAAGAAGGCAACUGAUGUGAUGAUGGCCAGACUGCUCUUGACGUUGCUUAUUGGAGUGAUCACACUGAAAUUGCUGACUACCUCCAAUCUCUACCAAACUACGAUUAUGAGUACAUGUUGUGGUCCAAUGCUCGCUGCACAGCUGCUGUGACUGGUGAUAGUGACUCCGGGAGCGAGGAGAAUAGACCACCACCAACAAAGAAACAAAAAGUAUGUCCUAACUGUGAGGAGAGCUGUCAUAUCCACUGUGCUCAAAAGACGCUAGCCAAGGACUUAUGGGAGGCUGUUCAUACAGAUGAAGAUGUCAUCAAAGUAAGGUCCCUGUUGGGACACGGUGCCUGCCCCAACCACCCGCUCUACUGGAGUGUGGAGUGGGAUGAGCUGCCUCCAUUACACUGGGCUUGUCUGAUGGGCCUCAUGGCGAUUAUGAGGACACUUGUUACCCAUGGUGCUCGUACUGAUAAAGGUGGUGGGAGGGAUAACAGACUGCCAUUUCACUAUGCUUGCGAGGGAGGUCAUAAAGAGGUGGUGGCAUACCUGAUCCAUGAGGUCAGGUGUAGCACUGGUAAGUAGUCAUUGUUAUUGUGUAUCGUAUAGCGGGUAUAAUUAUUUCAAGAGUAUAAAACUUUUGCAAAAUGACCGUUAGAAAGGUUUUCGCUUUAAUUUUCAGCCUUUCUGCGAUAUUAAAUUCGUGGGUAUGUUUGCGGUACAUGCUUAAUCAUCUAAAACCGCGAACAUUUUAUACUCUCGAAAUAUACACGCUAUAUACGGUAUUUCCUCCACAUCAAUGACUGCAGUAAUAUCUGUGUGCAUAAUUAUUAUGAUACUUGAAUUUAAACUAUGUUCCACAACAUAUGUGAGGGAUAGGAACAGCUGGACCCUUCUUCACUGUGCCUGUGAGAGAGGAAAUAAAGAAGUCGUACAGUAUCUGUUGAUAUGAUGGAUGAUUGGGACAGUCACCACUGAACAUAGCUCUGAAUUCUGACUAUCUGUAUGGCUGUCUGGAUGAUGGUUGCAUGGAUGUUGCCCUCUACCUAAUGAGCCGUGGCUGUGGUGGUGAUGAGCACAAGGCCAAGUUAUUGUGUGCAGCAUGUUGGUGGGGCAAGCUGGGUGUGGUGAAACAACUGGUUGAACAAGACAAGGUUGACCCCAAGAAUGUGAGGGAUAAUAUCAACAGGACCCCACUCCACAAUGCAUGCGUUCGGGGACACAAAGAUGUGGUGCAGUACUUAGUGGAAAAGGCCAACUGUGAUAUCAGUGCAACUGACAAAAAUGGCGAUACUCCUCGUGACAUUGCUACACAGCGGGGUUACACUGAAAUUGCUGACUUCCUAAAGCCUCUGCCACAACAACCUGCUGUGACUGAAGAGAGUGAGGAGAAUGGACCACCACCAACAAAACAAAAAGCAAACAAGUUGGCACUGAACAUCUACAACCCGGCUGACCCCACCACUCCUCUGCUGAGCCUGGGACCGUGACAAAAUGAGGAGAGCAGGCAAACAGGUAACCUAGUGUUUGUGGAGAUUAGCCGCAGGUGUUACGGUGGUCCAGGGCUGGUGUGGAUGUAUUCUGGCUUCAAUGAUGCUCAGCCUAAGAGAAACACUCCAGACAGACAUCUCCUCCAAGUUCCUGUAUAUACAUGUGUGACUGUGACUGGGCUGAGAAGUUUGGAGUACACGUGACGUUCAUCGUGUGCAAUGACAAAAACCACUAUGUUGGAGGCACUCAGGGUGGUUGUAAAUUCUCGGAGACCAAUCCUAACAUUCCCACAUCGUUCUUGGUCUCAACUAAACCAGGUGUGACACCCCAGCCUCAAGAGAACCAUCAAGCAUGAAAGAGUUGCGUUCAGUCGUGCAAAGGCAACUUAAUAAUAAUAAUAAUCGCCACGUUCAUUUUCACGAGCAAUGUAGUUAUGUAAUUAAAAAACGGCCUUUUGUGACGCAAUAUGCAAUAUGGUCCAACCCACUGUGUCUGUGGCCAGACGUUCUCUAUUCAACAUGCUCUCUCAUGCCCAAGAGGAGGCUACCCCAGCAUAAGGCACAACGAGCUAAGAGAUAAAACUGCCUCUCUAUACUGAAAGAAACCUACCAUGGUGUCGCAACGGAGCCAACUCUACAACCAGUGACAAGUGAAACCUUUGAAGGUGCCUCAGCAGAGACGGAAACGGUUUCAGAUAAUGAAGAGGAUCUCGUCAUUCGAGCAAUGGUCUAUUUUGGUGAUUUCCUCAGACAGAAAAAAGUAUGAAGGAAAGUUAAAGAGAAAAGAAAACGCAAUACGAACAAAGCGAUCUAGAAGCUGAAGAGUUGAAGCCACUGCCUCUCUUAACUGGAUACUAGCCACUGAUGCUUGUGUCAAUUACUUAUCAAUUUUCUAAUACAGAACCAAAAUUAAAAUUAUGCGCAUGUGCAACCGACUAAGACCCAUUGGCAGUAAACCUUAUUGGCAGUAAACCUUCGAGGCCGUUACGAGUCAAUAGCAGUAUAGUAGCCUUUCAUUCACACUGUUGCAAAAAGGUCCUCGACUCAAUAAAAACAACAAAGGCAAAAAAGAGGCGGCUACAGUUGAAGAAACAAAGGACAUACGAAGCACAGCAACGAAAACUGUGGUCAAAUAAACAUAAACACCACACCUACGCGGAGAGGAUGAGGAUAUGGUUGAAAAGGUCGAGAUUGUCAAGGGAGCAAAGGAAAAGAGAAAGUGCAAGUGUGGAUCCAGUAGCCAUUCCUUACCAACUCACAGAAACUACUGUCCAAACAACCCCAACAAUUUAAAACUUGCCGCAAACAGUGGCGCAACACCGAUUGGCAAUCUCGCUGAGAAAGAGUUUGGAACACCGAUUGGCAAUCUCGCUGAGAAAGAGUUUGGUGAUUCCAGAUAGAAUAGAAGUCAUGAAUAGUGGCUUCUUCAAUGCAAAAUUUCUCUAACGAUCGAUGAUCAAGUCUGACGUAAUAGUUGACGUACUCAACUGGCACGGGAUAAUGAUCUGUCUUCUCCCAAUGAAUUUGGAACCCUCGCUGAGACGAAAAGGAAAUUUAGUCAGUGUUGUUAUGGUUUUAUUGUCAACAUCCUAUUUUUAACUAUUAUUAUUUUUACUCUUGAACACUGUGCCUCUGGAGGGCCUCGUGGGGAGUGAUGACGGGCCGACGUGUGUGUACAAGUGUGUGUGUCACUCAUCAUGUGUGGUGGGGAGGGGGAGAAGAAACAAACCAUCUCUUAUUCUCAUUCUGAGUCUCAUUCACAAAGGUAAUGAGAUCGGACGUGACGUGGUCAACAUUUGCUGCUGCUCUAAUCCGAACAGGAUCCGGAGGAGCUCGACAUCGAUGCCUUUAGUGAGGACUAACAAUGGCAUCAUUCAUAUCGUGGGACUGGUGAAUAUAUCACCAGUAAUACUAUAUCAUAGAGACAAUAAUAAUGUACUGCAAAAUAACCCUAGGCAAUAUAGAAGAGCACAUAGUUGUUAAGCACUUCAAAAUGUAUUUAUUUGGCACGUAUAAUUAUGCACAAUUAAUAAGUAUCACGAUGUUAUUACCGUGUUCAUUAA